GUCUUCCCCACCCCAAACAACGACGCGUUUCUCGAGCACGGCGUGUACCAGGCCCUCGACCCAGCGCAGCAGGAGAUCCGGCUGAUCAGGCUCUACGUCGACGACGAUGAUGACGCCCCCAUCCGCUGCGACCUCCUCCCACCAGUACCACUGGCGAGCGUGCAGGGGAAGUACACGGCCGUGUCGUACUGCGCGGGCGAUCCGGGCACGACUAAAACGGUGCUGGUCAACGGGAUCCCGUUCACCGUGUUUGCGAACCUGGCGCACGUGCUCGACGUGGCGCGCGACUUUUGGCACAAGUCGUUUCCCCCGAAUUCCAACAGCACGACAGAGAACGAGUGCAUCCUCUGGGCGGACCAGAUCAGCAUCAACCAGUUCGACCUGGCGGAGCGGUCGCACCAGGUGGGCUUCAUGCGCAGCAUCUACGCGUCGGCGGCGCGCACGCUGAUCUGCAUCUCGACGACGCGCGCCGUCGACACGCACGGCGUCGAGUGGCUGGCCGCCCUGCACGCCAGUGUCGACCCGGACGGCGACUUUUAUCAUUACUACUAUGCGCUGGAGUACCACCUGCGCACCAAGCUGGCUGCCGCUUCUGCUGCCGUCCGGGGCGGUGGGCGGUUCGCCGCCGACUGGCUGGCCUUGUACGACAUCUUCACCAGCCCGUGGUGGACGCGCACGUGGGUGUACCAGGAGUUUAUCUCGUCGGCGGAGGCGCACGUGCUGUACGGGGGCGCGUCGAUAGCGUGGCGGCACGUGGCCGAGGUGCUGCCGACGCUGCGCAAGUACAAGGUCGGCACACUCGCGGAGCCCGAGGUGCGCGAAACGAUGGCGGCCGUAGUGGACUUCUUCAUCCGCAGCAAGCUGCGGUUCGACCGGGCGGGGCCGUACGAGCUGAUGGAUCUGCUGGCGCGGUCGCGGCACCUGCGUAGCACCGACUGCCGUGACCGCGUCUAUGCCUUCCUGGGCCUCGUGCGGUGCGACUACGGCAUCGUGCCCGACUACUCGCCGAACAACACCAUGGCCUCGCUGCUGGCCGACAUGGCCAGCAAGAUCGUCUGCCGCGACCAGCAGCUGGAUAUUCUAUCGUAUGCGUGCGAGGCGCGCGGGCCGCUGUCCGGCCGCCUCCCGUCGUGGGCGCCGGACUGGACUUGCACCAGCUGCAGAGAGAUUAGAUCGCGGACGAUAGAGGAG